AUGCAGCGACAAUAUCUUCCUCAUGUUCUGUUUUUCCUCUGUUUCUUAAUCGGGUCGGGUUGGAGUCAACCGGGUCAAAGCGAUGAUCUUCAGACGCUUCUCGAAGUAAAGAAGUCUCUUGUCAAAACUCCCAAAGAAGAAAACGUUCUCCGAGAUUGGAAUUCCGAUGAUCCAAAUUUCUGCAACUGGACCGGCGUCACUUGCGGUGGCGGUGUAGUCGUCGGUUUAAAUCUCUCCCAAAUGGGCUUAACCGGUUCGAUUUCUCCUUCGAUUGGCCGGUUAAGCAACCUAAUCCACCUCGAUCUGUCAUCAAACAGUCUCGUGGGUCCCAUCCCAUCUGCUCUCUCCAACCUCUCUUCCUCCUUGGAAUCGUUGUUUCUCUUCACUAACCAACUCACUGGCGAUAUACCGAGUCAACUCGGCUCACUCGUGAACCUCAAGUCGUUAAAACUCGGAGACAACGAGCUCGUUGGAUCGAUCCCGGAGACGUUGGGGAACCUCGUCAAUCUCCAGACGCUCGCAUUGGCAUCGUGUAGACUCACCGGUCCGAUACCGAGUCAACUCGGUCGACUCGUUAAUAUCCAGUACAUGGUUCUACAAGACAACUACCUCGAAGGACCGAUUCCGCCGGAAUUAGGCAACUGUACCAGCCUCGCUUUGCUCUCCGCGUCGUGGAAUAGCCUCAACGGGUCUUUACCGGCAGAGCUGAGUCGACUCGGUAACCUCCAGACACUCAAUCUGGCAAACAACAGCUUCUCCGGAGAGAUACCGAGUCAACUCGGUGAUCUGCGCAGUCUCCAAUACCUUAGCUUGACUGGUAACAAACUCCAAGGCUCGAUUCCGAAGACAUUAACAGGUUUGGGCAAUCUUCAAAUCCUUGAUCUGUCCAUGAAUAUGCUCACCGGAGAAAUACACGAAGAAUUCUGGAACAUGAAUCAGCUUGUACACUUGGUUCUGUCGAACAACCGUCUCUCUGGUUCCUUACCAAAGACAAUAUGUUCUAACAACACAAAUCUGGAGCAACUUGAUUUGUCGGAAACUCAAAUUUCCGGCGAUAUCCCGGAGGAAAUCAGCAAAUGUCAGUCGUUAAAAGCGCUUGGUUUGGCAAACAAUACGCUCACCGGUCGAAUCCCGGAUUCACUCUUUCAGCUCGUCGAACUCACGGCUCUUCUUCUUCACAACAAUACCUUGGAAGGUACGUUAUCUCCAUCAGUAUCAAACCUAAAGAAUCUACAAGAACUUGCUCUGUCUCUCAACGCCUUGGAAGGCAAGUUACCGAAAGAAAUCGGAUUUCUCAGCAAAUUGGAAAAUCUAUACCUAUACGAGAACCGGUUCUCGGGUGAAAUACCGGUGGAGAUCGGAAACUGCACGAGUCUGAAGAAGAUUGACAUGUAUGGGAAUCGUUUCAGCGGAGAGAUCCCUUCUUCAAUCGGAAGAUUGAAAGAGCUCACUUGGCUUCACGUGAGAGAGAACGAGCUUGCUGGUAACAUUCCCGCCGCUUUAGGUAACUGUAACCAACUGACGCUUCUUGAUUUAGCUGAUAACCACCUCACCGGUUCGAUUCCUUCCUCGUUCGGUUCCUUGAAGUCGUUACAACAGUUACACCUCUACAACAACUCUCUCCAAGGGAAUCUUCCGAACUCACUCAUCAACCUCAAGAACCUCACAAGAAUCAAUUUCUCCGGCAACAAGCUCAACGGCUCGAUCAGUCCUUUGUGCGGCUCGAGCUCUUAUCUCUCGUUCGAUCUCACGGACAACCGAUUCCAAGGAGAUAUACCACUUGAGCUAGGGAAGUCUCCGAAUCUUGAUCGUCUUAGGUUGGGGAUGAAUCAGUUCACAGGAAGAAUCCCUUGGACAUUUGGGAAGAUCCGUGAGCUUUCUUUGUUGGACAUCUCAAGCAAUGCUCUCACAGGAACCAUACCGGUAGAGCUCGGUUUGUGCAAGAAGCUGACACACAUUGAUCUCAACAACAACUCUCUUUCAGGGGUUAUACCUCCAUGGCUUGGAAAGCUUCCAUUGUUAGGUGAGCUCAAGCUUUCUUCUAAUCAGUUUAUAGGGUCUCUCCCUGUAGAGAUUUUCAACUUGAGCAAGCUUCUUGUGCUCUCUCUUGAUGGCAAUUCGCUUAACGGAUCCAUUCCACAAGAGAUUGGAAACUUGGAAGCUCUCAAUGUACUUAACCUCGAGAAGAAUCAGUUCUCAGGCUCUAUUCCUUCAGAGAUAGGGAAGCUGAGCAAUCUUUACGAGCUUCGGUUAUCUAGAAAUGUCUUAACCGGUGAAAUCCCUGUUGAGAUAGGACAGCUAAAAGAUCUUCAAAGUGCUUUAGACCUCAGCUACAACAACUUCACAGGAAACAUUCCAUCAACGAUCUCGACACUACAUAAGCUUGUGUCUCUUGACCUUUCUCAUAACCAGCUUGUAGGAGAAGUUCCUGGACCAAUCGGAGACAUGAAGAGUUUAGGAUAUCUCAACCUCUCUUACAACAACCUUGAAGGGAAGUUGAAGAAACAGUUCUCUAAAUGGCAAGCUGAUGCAUUUCUAGGCAAUGAUGGUCUCUGUGGAAGCCCUCUUACUCGCUGCAACAGAUCAAGCAAGAAGCAACAAGGUCUUAGCGCGAAGACCGUUGUGAUCAUCUCUGCGAUCUCAUCAGUAGCAGCGGUUGCUUUGAUGUUGCUUGUGAUCAUCCUCUUCUUCAAGCAAAGCCAUGAUCUUUUCAAGAAAUUGCCAGGAGGAAGCAGCGGAGCGUUCUCGUCAAACUCUUCUUCUUCACAAGCUCCUCUGUUUAGUAACGGAGGUGCAAAGUCUGAUAUAAAGUGGGACGACAUUAUGGAAGCUACGCAUUACCUCAACGACGAGUUCAUGGUCGGAUCAGGAGGUUCUGGUAAAGUGUACAGAGCGGAUUUGGAGAACGGAGAGACGAUCGCUGUGAAGAAGAUUCUCUGGAAAGAUGAUCUGAUGUCGAACAAAAGCUUCAACAGAGAAGUCCAGACCCUUGGAACGAUCAGGCACAGGCAUUUGGUUAAGCUGAUGGGUUACUGCAGCAGCAAAGCUGAUGGUUUGAAUCUUUUGAUCUAUGAGUUUAUGGAGAACGGAAGCGUUUGGGAUUGGCUUCACAUGAACAACAAGAACAAGAAGAAGGAGGUUCUUGAUUGGGAAACAAGAUUGAAGAUUGCACUUGGUUUGGCUCAAGGAGUAGAGUAUCUUCACUUUGACUGUGUUCCUCCGAUAGUUCACCGAGAUAUCAAAACCAGCAAUGUGCUUCUUGAUGCCAACAUGGAAGCACAUUUAGGAGAUUUCGGACUCGCCAAGAUCCUAACUGAGAAUAGUGACACCAACACAGAGUCAAAUACUCUGUUUGCAGGCUCUUAUGGCUACAUUGCACCAGAGUACGCUUACUCGUUGAAGGCGACUGAGAAGAGCGAUGUUUACAGUAUGGGGAUAGUGUUGAUGGAGAUUGUGACUGGUAAAAAGCCAACAGAGGAAGUGUUUGGUGGUGAAGAGACUGAUAUGGUUAGGUGGGUGAAGAAGCUUCUCGAGAUGCCUCAGGGCUCUGCAGAAAGAGAGAAGCUGAUUGAUUCAGAGGUUAACUUGCUUUUACCUUGCGAUGAAGAAGCAGCUUAUCAGGUUCUUGAGAUAGCUGUUCAGUGCACAAGGACUUAUCCUCAGGAGAGACCAAAUUCAAGACAAGCUUGUGAUUGUCUUCUUAGUGUCUUCAACAAUAGAGCUGCUGGUUAUAAGGAGAUGCAAACUGGUUCCGAGAAAUGA